AUGGAACAUAACUACGAACAACUAGGAGAGAAUUUAGGAAAAGCUAUCUCUCAAGGAGAAAUAGAAAAUGCAGUAAAACUCAUCCACGAAUUAGUAGAACUUGACGCUUCAUACACUCUUAUAUUAGAACCAAAAAAUGCUGCACCUGAAGAGAAACCUAGAGAAAGAGAGCCAAUAGUGCCUAAUAAUCAUGAAAUCCCAAAGCAAAAUGAACAAAUUUUUAAUUCCCUUCUUGAAAUGGGUGUAGAUCGUGAAAAGGCGUAUACAAUUUCGCAACAGUGCAGCAGCAUGGAUGAAGCAGUUCAGCGAGCUUUUGAUUAA